AGACACACUUCUGCUCCCUUACUUCAGAAGGACCGAUGUAGUGUAGUGUAAGUCUGUUCGCUCAUCGUUGGAAAUACAGAUCGUUCAUUUUUAAAUGUCAGUUGUGUUUAUUCUCUUGGACGCACCAAAAGUAAGCGGAUCAGGGGACUGAAACACCAAAUGGAAGGGUGAGCUAUGGCAGCAAAAGAGGAUUUUUAUGCCAAAGUCACCCCACGGAGGCAGCGACAGACCCGACCGGGAACUGUCAAACAUGGGUCUAGUCUGGACGUUUUGUUGUCGAUGGGUUUCCCCAAAACCAGGGCACUGAAAGCCCUGGUUUCGACUGGUGGCAGGAAUGUACAGGCUGCCUGUGACUGGUUGUUCUCUCACGUGGACGACCCGUUCCUUGACGACCCGUUGCCGAGAGAGUACGUGCUGUAUCUGCGUCCGAGCGGACCGCUCCUGCACCAGCUCACGCAGUUCUGGCAGCAGAGUCGCAUCACCUGCGGCAAGAACAAAGCCCACAACAUCUUCCCUCACAUCACCCUCUGCCAGUUCUUUAUGUGUGCUGACGGUAAGGUGGAGGCUCUGUGUGAUGCUCUGCAGGCCGCAGUGGGACAGUGGAGGGGCCGUUUCCCGAACCCCCUCCCUCUUGAGCUUUACACCUCCUCCAACUUCAUCGGCCUGUUCGUCAACGAGCAGGUGGCCGAGACCCUCAAGAGCUUCGCCACUGACUUCGCCACAGAGGCAGCCGCCAAAGCAGAUGUUCAUGUAGAGCCUCAUAAAAAACAGCUGCAUGUGACACUGGCCUACCACUUCCAGACCAAUCAUCUAUCCUCCUUAGAGAAGCUGGCCAAGGCGGUGGACGUGGCGCAAGGCUGCGAUUGGCUGGCUGUGCUCUUCUCCCGGGACAUCCGGUUCGCCAAUCAUGAGACCCUGCGGGUGAUGUAUCCGUACGCGCCGCAGAACGAGGACGAGCUGGAGCUGGUGCCGGGAGACUUCAUCUUCAUGUCGCCCGUGGAGCAGGGCACCGCCAGCGAGGGCUGGGUCUACGGCACCUCCCUCAACACAGGCCUCUCGGGUCUCCUCCCGGAGAACUACGUCAGCCGGGCGGACGAGUGCGACACCUGGGUCUUACACGGAUCCUAUUCCUUCCUCAACUGUGCUUCCCCGACCAACAUGGGAGGUGCAAUUGGUGGAAUGUUUUUAGACGGGCACCUAGAUGGCCGUCACCUCGAGGACCCAAGCCCAGUGGACCCGCCCAGUCUAAACGUUGUGUGUCAGCCUAUGCAGAUGCUGAGACCCAAUAGUCAGUCUCUUCUGCCUAAGAGAACCCUGUUUGUUUGUCGUCAUGGCGAGAGAAUGGAUGUUGUUUUCGGGAAGCAUUGGCUAACUCAGUGCUUUGAUGCCAAAGGUCGAUACAUGCGGACCAACCUUAACAUGCCACCCAGUCUUCCAUCACGGAGCGGAGGGUUCCGAGACUACGACAAAGACUGUCCAAUCACAGUGUUUGGCUCAACACAGGCACGCCUAGUAGGGGAAGCCCUAUUGGAGAGUCAUACGGUAAUAGAUUUUGUGUACUGCUCUCCUUCCCUGCGCUGUGUGCAGACCGCACAUAAUAUUCUCAGAGGUCUUCAGCAGGAUGGGAAGACUAAGAUCAGGGUGGAGCCCGGUUUAUUUGAGUGGACCAAAUGGGUGUCAGGCGCGUCUUUGCCAGCCUGGAUCCCGCCCACUGACCUGGCUACUGCCAACCUCAGUGUGGACACAACCUACAGACCUCAUAUACCCAUCAGUAAGCUGACUGUCUCCGAAUCCUACGAAACGUACAUCAGCCGAAGUUUCCAGGUCACUCGGGAAAUCCUGGCGGAGUGCAAAAAUUUGGGAAACACAGUGUUGAUUGUGGCCCACGCUUCCUCUCUGGAGGCCUGCACUCGCCAGAUGCAAGGCCUCAACCCGCAGAACUCAAAAGACUUUGUGCAAGUUGUGCGAAAGAUUCCAUACCUGGGGUUCUGUGCGUGUGAAGAAUUGGGUGAGACAGGUUUGUGGCAACUUGUGGACCCGCCCAUUCUACCGCUCACACACGGACCCAAUCACAGCUUCAACUGGAGAGAGACGCUAUUACAAGACUGAGAGCA